GAGAAAGCAUGUGUGUGCAAGAAAGAGAUUUAAGUAGAGAGUGAGAGCAGAGCAACAGAGAGGGGAUUGGGGGAGAGAGUGGGAGCUGCAGGCUGACACACACAGAGAGAGAAGGAGAGAGCAGAGACCAGCAGCACGCCUGUCUCUAUCUGUCGCCUCUUGGAUCUCCCUGGGCACAGCUGUCGGGCUGCUUCCGACCACGAGUGGAUCCUCUUGCUCAGACACUGUGUGAGGGAGUGCCUGAGUGUGUAGCACGCACCAGAGUAUCCCAGUGGCUACACACAAGUCUGUAUUCAACUGCUCUGGUUAUGGUGCUGCCACACAUAGGUUUGACUGACUUCGCUCUGGACUUGAAUCAACACCCAUGAUCCCCAGACAUCUCUGGCAUACCCUCUCAUGAAGAUGGGAAAUGCCUCUGAAACAUUUCUGCUCUUGUCCAGAAUAUCAAAAGACAAUGACAUCCUCAUGGGAACUCUCUACAUCAUUUUUGGUGUGCUGUCAAUGCUGGGGAAUGGGAUCCUGCUGUUCGUGGCCUAUAGAAAGAAGUCCUCCCUGAAGCCAGCAGAGUUCUUUGUAGUUAAUCUGGCCAUCAGUGACAUGGGCAUGACUAUAUCCUUGUUCCCGCUGGCUAUCUCCUCAGCAUAUGCUCACAUGUGGUUGUUUAAUAAGACGACCUGUACUAUCUAUGCCUUCUGUGGCGUUUUGUUUGGCCUGUGCAGUCUGACCAACCUCACUGUGCUCUCCUCCGUCUGCUGGCUCAAGGUCUGCUGCCCAAACUAUGGUAACAAGUUCUCCUACUGCCACGCCUACUUACUGGUUGCUGGGAUCUGGUGCUACGCUGGAGUUUUUGCUAUAGGUCCCCUGUCUGGCUGGGGAGAGUAUGGGGCAGAGCCUUAUGGUACAGCAUGCUGCAUCAAUUGGCAUGCUCCCAGCCAAAGCUCUGCAGCCAUGAGCUACAUCAUUUGCCUCUUCUUCUUCUGCUACAUUGUGCCCUGCACUGUCAUCUUCUUGUCUUACACAUUCAUCUUAAUGACAGUCCGGGGCUCCCGUCAAGCUGUGCAGCAGCACAUGUCCCCACAGAACAAGAUCACCAAUGCACAUGCACUUAUUAUUAAGCUGUCUGUGGCAGUUUGCAUCGGUUUCCUGACAGCAUGGAGUCCAUAUGCCAUUGUGUCCAUGUGGGCAGCAUUUGGGAACUCAGCAACUGUACCACCCAUGGCUUUUGCUCUGGCAGCUAUCUUUGCCAAGUCCUCCACCCUUUACAACCCUGUUGUCUAUCUGGUCUUCAAGCCCAACUUCCGCAAAUCCCUGUAUCGGGAUGUAGCCCAGUGCAGAAGGACAUGUGGAUGUCUGUGUCAGCACAGCUCUGUACAGAAGGGAACUUGCAUGCAACUGCAUCACAAAGAAGAGUGCAACUCCACAAGGUUGUCAAAUGGGCUGCCGGAGAACCACAGGACCUGCAGACACUGUCCUUUCCCUGAAACAGUCACUGGUACCAGAGAAAACUUUACAGACUGCAGCCCCCAGCAGACUGCCAGGAUACUUAAAGGAUCACUACAUAGUGAGGUGGCUGUCAGUCAGCUCUCCAAUGAGUUGCAGAGCGACUUCCUAUAGAGAAACAAACAUUGGCAGACACCUUGCAGGUGAAAAAAAAGGAGGGAAAGACGGCUGGUUGUAAGGUUGAAAGACACAAGUUGCAAGUUGGGGAAUAGGGAAAAUGUAAUUAAAAGCAAAAUGCUUUUAUUGAAGGAAAACAUUUUAUAACUUUAAAGACUAAGAACUUCUCAUGCCUCAAAUAUGUGAUACUGCCAAAAAAAAAAUGAUCACAAUGUUAGCCAAACAUACAGUAUGCAACAACAGAUGUGUACAUCAAUAUUUCAUCAGGUCAAAUUAAUCCGCAUCAAUAACUAUCUGCUCACUUUUGAGACUGAGAGCCCAUGGAGUUACAAUGCAAAUCAAUUCAAGCCUGAUUUAAAAGGAGGAGCUGAUAUUGAAACUUUUUAGUCUAUAACCUACAUUUUAUGUAUUUAUUACAAGUACUGUAUUUUAUGAUUUUUUUUAUUUGAUAGGUAUUUAUUAAUGCAUGCCUAUUUAAAGGACCACAGGGUUGCUGUUGUUACAUCAUAGGAAAGUAAUUUUCCUCAGUCUCCUGAUUGUUGAUGAUACAUUAAGAAUCUCAAUGCUCAAAUUAAUUUAACUACAGUGUGUCAGGCUCUACAUUUGUCUAAAUUAACCAGACCUGCUAGGGGGUCAAGAACAAAGCACAGAUUUGGCUUAGUGAGCCCAUUGUUACAUGUGUAAAAAAUGAACUUUUAGCCAGGGGGCGUUGUAUUGAUUCCUCUGCAAAUAGGAGCUGGAGUUGCCAAUGUCAAUUUUUCUAAUCAGCUGUGUUGCGGACAGAAGGGAUGACUGAAUUAUAAAAGCAGGAUUUAAGCUAACCAAAUCUAUAACACUCAAUAAGCUCUAUUCUCUCUUAGAAUAGUCUAUGUGGAGAGCUCUAGACAGAAAUAGGACGAUCAUAUCAAAUAAACUACAUAUUUGAAAAUUGUAGAAAACAUAUGUUGCAUUGUAACAAAUGCUGAAUAAUAUUCAAAUAUCAGUUGCUCUACCUGCAUGACACCCGGGGUGGUGGAUUUCCAGCCAUUUUCUCUUCCAAAUAAGGCUUUGUUUAAAACAAAUAUAAAGCAAUCUGGCAUCCUUCAUCAGGCUACUAUUUAGCAAUGUUUUUUCUUUUCUAGAUUUCAUCAAUUAACUUGGGCAGUGUGUUAUCAUUACUGACAGGAGUGAUGACCAAACCUAAGAAAAUAAGACCCAAAAUUGUAAUAAACUGGAAUGAUCCUUUAAAGUCAGAUAACCUUUAAUGAAGCCUGUUUGUGUGUGUAUGACAGUGAGAAAAAGGAAAAUCAUGUGGUUUAUUUAUACUGUAUGCGUUUAUUUUUCCAAUGUGCCUCUGUGAGCGUGUGCUUUCAUGGGCAUGCUUUCAAGUACAAAUGUGCAGCUCCUGAGAGAAGCUAACAGUAUCAGCAAAUUCUUUUGGGUCUGACUCACAAACAACAACAACAAAACAAUAACACUGAAAUGGGCUUAUUAAACAUGUUCCUUAAGCCAUUAUAACAAAAGGGGAGAAAAAAACUCUAUGUCUAUGCAUGGAUAUAGGCCACUUGCCUUUAGUGCUCGUCUUGCCUCCUGGAAAGGAGAGCGCCUGUUGUUCAAUAAAAGGAUUUGUAAUAUGAGAGACACAAGGCUUUGCCUCAGCACCUGCCAACAUUAUUCCAAAUAAAAAAUGCCCAGUUAGCAUAGUUGAGUUUAACCACAGUGUUUGUCCAAUGAGCAGUUUUUCCCUGGCAGCAUAGGUCAUCAAAUGAAAGUACAAAAAGACCUGCCAUGGACAAGAUUAAUUAGAUCUGGUAGAACGCGUGUUGUGGUUGAAUUGGCAUGCCUCUCAUGCCAUGUCAUGAUUCCUUCCCUUAGCAUGUAGAGAGGGACUAUUGCAAUUCUGUGCAGUUUUCACAAAAUACCUUACUAUAGAAGCAGUUCACUUUGUCAUGAAAUCAUUUGCUGUUAAGUAAUGCAUAACACCAUGUCAGCACAUGUGAUGUAUUCUGCUACUGGUUGCACUUCUCAAAUUACUGCUAUAACAUUGGUAAUGACGGCUUCUUGAAGAAAUUGAAACUAAACCAACAUUGCCAUCUGAACCAAUAGCCCACUUGGGCUUUUUCACACAAGCCCUGGAGUUAGACCCUUGUUAGCUGAGGGCUUAUAGCUCUGUUAGAUGUGAGCUUCAUCUGUUAGAUGAAUUGCGCCACAGUACUUAUGCAUUGAUGCAGAGGGCUCCAGCAAAAAACUACGGUGUCAUCUGUCAAAAACCCUGGCUUAGUUUUUGCUAUAAUGAAGCAACGCACUAAACCCCAAUCUGGAGCAUAAUAAUCGUUAUUCCAAGAAAACAGAUAAGAUUAUUUGAGGGAACCAAGGUUUGAGUAAAAGCAAUGGAACAUUUGUUGUCAAACAAGUCAUAUGCUGUGAAACUUCUGAUAAUAUAAAUCCAGAGCUGUGAUGCUCAAGUGGGAAUCUUUAACCUGAGGCUAACUGCAAGGUGAGGUUAAGGAAGCUCCAGACUUUCCGCAGGCUGACACUUGUGCGUGUCAAAGCCUUACUGCUGUGAAAAGAAGCACCGUUUGCAAAUACAAACAAGCCUUUAUACUGACAGUUAAUGAUUCUUAUCAGGAUGUAUGAAACAAUACUGUCAGCUUUAUCUGUUUUUCAUCCAACAACUAUUGUAUACAACUGCAUGGAUGUACAGGGUAGCAGCUCAACACUGUUUCUUGCUCUGUAACCUCCAGGGUGAACACAUGGGUGAUAUUGUCAUUAGCCUGGUAACUGUUUAUAGUACAGUUGUUUCCCUGGGUAAAACUACGUGAUUGUACUUGCACCUACGAUGUGUGAGAGAUGUUACUGGUUUCUUGUAAGAUUUCAGAGAAAAAGGGUGUACGAGCUGAAGAAUCUGUGAAAUGCAGGAAGUAUUUUCUGCAUGUCAUGCUGGAACCAAAGGUUACUGACACCUUUACACUCACUGUCAAAGCCAAAAUGUUGUUUUGGACACUCAUAUUUUUAUACCAAUAUGCAGGUUACCAUUAAGAGAACACACAUAUCAAAGACUUCCAGUCCUGUGCUGGACAGGCUUUGUUUAGCCCAUACUCUUGGGCAAAGAUGGAUGCACAAACCAGGAAACAUAACUGUGAAAAUCUGAUUCUGAUGUCUCUUUUUUCUAUUCUGUUCUACUCAAGGAACAAAUAUUGCACGUACCUGGGUGUAUAUUCUGAAUCACUUGCCAUUCCCACCUAGGUUAUUUCCACUGGCUUUACUCAUUUAAACAAUGUGCAUAUAUUUAUCAGAUGUCAGGGAUUUCAUGUAGACAUUGGUUUGCAUGUAUGUAUAUAAUGUGUACGUAUAGAUGCCAAGUUUAAUUCAUAUAUUAUCAUGAAUAUCAGCCUAAAUGUGUAAACAGGAGAAGGAGAAACCUCUUGCAGUGUCUUGAAAUGGGGGGGUUUAUUUUUUGUUAUCUCAGCUUCUGACUGGUGGCUUUGGAAGUGUUUCCAUAAACGUUUCCUAUUAUGAGGCUUUAGUGCAAAACAGCUUCAAGGUUUGUGGCUUCCCUCACUGCAGCUGGAAUCCAUUUUCCUUUGAGGUGAGAAAAAGAUAAACUAAGCUGAAUUCAUAUCUUAACAGCUAGAUAAGUAAUAUUACACAGCCAAAAUACAAUGGCCUUUACAGCUGACUAUUAUUAAUUGAGCUCAAUUUCCCAUGAUGGCGUUGUUUGGUUUCAUAGAGACACAAUAAUCCAACAGAGAAAUUGUAUCUACUAUAAUGUUAUGUUUAUGCAGCUUCUAUGAAGGUGACUGUUUCUACCUCCCAAUUAAUCAUGGAAUGUAUUUGUGGCUCUUGUGAAUUAGAGAUGUGCAGCAUUUAAUAAGAAAUAAGUAGCAGAAGUGUUUGAUGUGAUUAUAGUCACUUGGAUGAGCAGUUUACAGCAAGCAAGCUUAAUUACAGAUAAAUUAAAGUGCUGAUAUGUGGGAAGUGUGCAUGAAACAGCUCGAGUUGAAUGCAAUUAUCUUUUGCCCUUGCAUCAAGAAAUCCUCUGUUGUCACCAGUACAGUGUAAGGCAUCAUAUCAACACUUUAGUUAAACGUGCCCAUCUCAACUCUCUUUCCUUCCUGAAACUUACCUGUCAAGAAGCAGCCUGGAAACAUGACAAAGACUUUAAUCCCUUUUUAGUCAUGAGACUGAAUCAGCAGAAAUUUCAUAUGCCGUAUUUAUAAUGGUUUAUAAAGCACUCACUGAAGUCUUCAAGCCUAUACUGGGUCUGAAUGAUAUGAUAAAUCCUAUAAGUACUGCUGUCUAUAUGUCUGUGCUAAUCCGCUGUAAACAAAGUUAAAUGCGAUCAGGAGGAUGCAAAUAGAAUCUGAAUCUUCUGACUGCAGCUGGAGAGCAAUGUCUUUGUAUGAAUCCCUAUUUUCCUUUUGUCUUCUGAAAACCAAACACCCUAUCCUCAGGAUAUUUACAAUUUUCGACUGCACUGUAUUAUGCUGGCAUAUGUAAAUACAAAUACACACACAGGUCAGGAGUUUUGCAGACCCCCAGUUUCUAAGACACAAACCAGGCUGAAUGUAAUGUGUUGUACAUAUAUGUAUGUUAAUAUAUGGAAACGUAUCUAUCUAUCUAUCUAUCUAGCUAUCUAUAUAGGUUCAGAAAUAUUAUUACAUUAUAAUUAUUGAAGUUAUUAUUGUUCUGAGUGAAGUUUCAGAUGCAUUGUGAAAAAUGUUUACAUCUUUUGGUAUUUUUUGUUUGUUUGUUUAAAAAAUAUUGAGGAUUGUAUGAAAAGUGUUAAAUACAUCUAUCCAAGGACAUGUCAUUUGUUCUUGGGUAAAACUGAAUGAUUAAUAAAUAUAAUUCAGGAUUCCAUGAAUGAGAA